AUGGCUUUACGGUACUUGGUUUCGUUAUCUUUAGCGGUCGCAGUUGUGGCCGAUCAAAGCUCACACGUCAGCAUCAGUCUCGGCGGUGCUCCUGCUGUCAGCCAUCACAGUUCCUCUCACCACGCACGCACUUCAUACCACCAUCAACCUACCUAUCAUACACAAUCCUCAAACCAUCCACAACCUUCCUAUCAUCCUGCUCCCGCUUAUCACCCGCAGCCUUCCUAUGAGCAUGAACAUGAGCCUGCUGUGCCAGAAUGUGCUGCCAACACAACCAAACCAUGGUGUCUAGAAGACGACCUUCAUCCCACCUACGAGAUAAAGCACGCAGCCGAGUAUCACUACAAGAAGCUUCUCUCCCUCUAUGCUGACGUAGCCGAACUCAACACCGAACUGUCUGUGGACCGACCAAACAGCCUGGAUGAGGAAACUUACUUGUGCCCAUCAGAGACCGCUUACGUCAGGCCCCUUCGUGCACAGAACACCGAGGGAAAAUGGCGUGUCGUUGUAAACAAUAUCGAUGCCCAUUAUCAGACUCUCACUCAGACUACACGCAUCGAAGAGUGUCUCACUUCCGCCGAUGCAUGUCCUCUGGUGCCGGAGUGCUACCAGUCCAAGUGUCUGCAGAAGUCCAUCUACCACCGCUUCCUUGUCUACAACCCGUAUGAUCAGUACUUCCCCUUCGCCAUCGAGACAUUCAAGCUUCCUGCCAGCUGUGCUUGUCUGUUGGGUGCCUAUACCAUCGAUCAUUAUACGAAGAUACGUGACUCCCAAGACUUUUGGACUCGUAGCAGUCAGGCACAAGAGGACAUGCAUCGGCGGAAGUGGGAUAAUGGUCGUCUUGAAGGCACCAUGAUUUGGUUGUGUUGGCAGCACAUUCAGGCACAGCAGGCUCGUGUUCAUGCUCUUAUGAAGGUUGUGGGUGAUAAGCGGGAGCAGGGUGGUAGGAAGGUUGUGGAUGGUAUGAGGGCUGUGUAUGACAAGAAGACAAGGGUCAACACCGGCAGUGUUCCGGCGGUUCCUCGCAUGACUAGUGUUCUUAAGCGAAGAAUGCAGUUCUCCAGUCACGUGGGGGCGUUCUUCUCCGCUUUAAGGGUUAACAGUGGUUGUCGGUGGUUCCGAGGUGGCCAUGGAGUGUUAGAUGCAAGGAGCAAGGGUGCGGCAAGCAGCUUCUGGGAACAAACAAGUUUCGAGGCGGGCAGUCUGGCUGUAAUAGUGAACGUCGUUCACAAUGACACGCCACUUGCCAUCCACGUUCUGGGCACGCUUGGGCAUGGCAUACACCACUUCGGAGGGACAGAUAUAACCCUCAGGACCAGCCCAGUGAGUGACAUCGUAGGGAGAGUCCCCAGUGGAGGCCCCACUGUAGUAAGAGUAGUCGAAGGCCUCCUCCUGGUCCUUGUUGCGGCCGACCAGACCUCACACGUCAGCAUCAGUUUCGGUGGUGCUCCUGCUGUCAGCCAUCACAGCUCCUCUCACCACGCGCGCCCUUCAUACCACCAUCAACCUACCUAUCACGCACAGUCCUCAUACCAUCCACAACCUUCCUACUAUCCUGCUCCCGCUUAUCACCCACAGCCUUCCUAUGAGCAUGAACAUGAGCCUGCUGUACCAGAAUGUGCUGCCAACACAACCAAACCAUGGUGUCUCGAAGACGACCAUUAUCCCACCUACGAGAUCAAACACGCAGCCGAGUAUCACUACGAGAAGCUCCUCUCCCUCUAUGCUGAUGUAGCCGACCUCAACACCGAACUGUCUGUGGACCGACCAAACAGCCUGGAUGAGGAAACCUACUUGUGCCCAUCAGAGACCGCUUACGUCAGGCCCCUUCGUGCACAGAACACCGAGGGAAAAUGGCGUGUCGUUGUAAACAAUAUCGAUGCCCAUUAUCAGACUCUCACUCAGACUGCACGCAUUGAAGAGUGUCUCACUUCUGCCGAUGCAUGUCCUCUUGUGCCUGAUUGCUACGAGUCCAAGUGUCUGCAGAAGUCCAUCUACCACCGCUUCCUUGUCUACAACCCGUAUGAUCAGUACUUCCCUUUCGCCAUCGAGACAUUCAAGCUUCCCGCCAGCUGUGCUUGUCUGUUGGGUGCCUACACCAUCGAUCAUUAG